AGACGGAGGGGACCCCGCGCGCCGAGCCGCCGCCGGCCGGCCGCUCCCCGGGCACUUUCCCCCUCCGCCAAAACUUUGGGUCGGGAGAGGUCGCGGGCGAGGGUCGCGCGGCCGCGCCGGCGGGGGCGGGGGGCGCGGAGGCAGUGCCCGGCGGGCGGGAGCCGGGGGCCGGCGGGGAGUAGUAGGCCAGCCGGUGCCAGGCUGCGUUUGCAGGCAGCACCUCUCGGCGCGCAGGCAGCGCCGCCCGAGAGGGGCACGGGCGCCGGGGCGCGGGCAGGGGCAGCCCGAGGAAAACAACAACAGAGCCUCACGCCGCCGGCGCCUCCAGGCCGCCCGGGGAGCCCCAAACUUCAUCGCGGCGAAAGUCGCUAUCAUAUGACAAAGGCUGCACGCAGUUCAUCUUGCUCCCCGUGUACUUUCCAUUUGCCUUCCUGGAAUCCUGCUGCAUCACAGAGGCUGGAAAUUCUGAUGUUCCAUUGAAAUCACAAUGGAAAGCCUUGACUUGACGGGUCACAGUAAUGAAAGGCAGUAAUAGAAAUAAAGAUCAUUCAGCAGAAGGCGAAGGGGCUGGGAAACGACCCAAACGAAAGUGUCUUCAGUGGCAUCCAUUGCUGGCAAAGAAACUUCUAGACUUUUCAGAAGAGGAGGAAGAGGAAGACGAAGAGGAGGAUAUUGAUAAGGUUCAGCUUCUUGGGGCUGAUGGCCUAGAACAAGAUGUUGGUGAGACCGAAGACGAUGAAUCACCAGAACAGCGCGCCCGGAGGCCAAUGAACGCAUUCCUCUUAUUUUGCAAACGCCAUCGCUCCCUUGUACGUCAGGAACACCCCAGGCUUGAUAACCGAGGUGCUACCAAGAUCCUAGCUGAUUGGUGGGCUGUUCUCGAUCCAAAGGAAAAGCAGAAAUACACAGACAUGGCCAAGGAGUAUAAAGAUGCAUUUAUGAAAGCAAAUCCUGGCUACAAAUGGUGUCCUACCACAAACAAGCCCGUGAAAUCCCCAACACCCACUGUCAACCCACGAAAGAAACUCUGGGCCUUCCCGUCUGACUCUUCGAGAGACUUACCAAGCCCCAAGAAAGCUAAGACCGAAGAAAUGCCUCAGCUUAACUUUGGAAUGGCCGAUCCUACUCAAAUGGGCGGCCUGAGCAUGCUGCUUUUAGCUGGAGAACAUGCUCUUGGCACACCAGAGGUGUCUUCUGGCACUUGCAGGCCUGAUGUUUCAGAGUCCCCUGAAUUGCGUCAGAAGUCCCCAUUGUUUCAGUUUGCUGAGAUAUCUUCAAGUACAUCCCACCCUGAUGCUCCUUCGAAACAGUGUCAAGCAUCAGCCUUGUUUCAAUUUGCAGAGAUUUCAUCAAACACUUCGCAGUUGGGUGGUGCCGAACCUGUGAAACGCUGUGGAAAGUCUGCGCUCUUUCAACUGGCAGAGAUGUGCCUGGCGUCAGAGGGGGUGAAAAUGGAGGAAUCAAGGCUAGUAAAAGCAAAAGAAUCAGAUGGCGGAAGAAUUAAAGAAUUGGAGAAGGGAAAGGAAGAAAGAGAAAUAAGAAUGGAGAAGACAGAUGAAGCCAGGUUACAGAAGGAAGCUGAAUUUGAAAAUUCAGCUACAGAACACAUAAGAGAUUCUAAGGAAUUAAGAAAUUUCGAGGAGGUGAGAAUGGAUGAUAUAAUGGCUCUAAAAAUGGAAGAUCCCAAAGAAAUUAAAAAGGAAGAAUUAGAGGAAGAUCAAAAAUGUAGUCACUUCCCUGAUUUUUCUUACUCUGCCAGUAGCAAGAUAAUAAUAAGCGAUGUUCCCAGUAGAAAGGAUCACAUGUGCCAUCCUCAUGGAAUUAUGAUCAUCGAGGAUCCCACAGCAUUGAACAAACCAGAAAAGCUAAAAAAGAAAAAGAAGAAAGGCAAAAUGGAUCGGCAUGGAAAUGAUAAAUCCACACCCAAGAAGACUUGCAAAAAGAGGCAGUCCUCGGAGUCUGACAUCGAGAGUGUCAUGUACACCAUUGAAGCCGUGGCGAAGGGAGACUGGGGCAUUGAGAAACUUGGAGAAUCUCCUCGCAAGAAGGUCCGCACAUCCUCAAGUGGCAAGGGAAGCAUUUUGGAUGCCAAGCCACCAAAGAAAAAAGUGAAAUCAAGAGAGAAGAAAAUGUCCAAGGAGAAAUCCUCAGACACCACCAAAGAGUCAAGACCUCCAGAUUUCAUUAGUAUUUCCGCCAGCAAGAACAUUUCUGGUGAGGUGCCAGAGGGUAUAAAAGCAGAACCAUUGACCCCCAUGGAAGAUGUGUUACCACCCAGCUUGUCGGGACAGGCCAAACCUGAGGACAGUGACUGUCACAGGAAAAUAGAGACUUGUGGCUCCCGGAAAUCCGAGAGGUCUUGCAAAGGUGCUCUUUAUAAAACCCUGGUGUCUGAGGGCAUGCUCACCUCUCUGCGGGCUAAUGUUGACAGAGGGAAACGAAGCUCAGGAAAAGGAAACUCCUCCGAUCAUGAAGGGUGUUGGAAUGAAGAAAGCUGGACAUUUAACCAGAGUGGGACCAGUGGGAGCAAGAAGUUCAAGAAGACAAAGCCGAGGGAAGACUCUCUCCUUGGGUCAGCAAAGCUGGAUGAAGAAUUUGAAAAAAAAUUCAGCAGCCUCCCUCAAUAUAGUCCUGUUACGUUUGACCGGAAGUGUGUCCCUGUCCCAAGAAAAAAGAAGAAGACUGGAAACAUGUCCUCAGAGCCGACGAAAACCAGCAAAGGUCCUUUCCAGUCUCAGAAAAAGAACUUAUUCCACAAAAUUGUCAGCAAAUAUAAGCACAAAAAGGAGAAGCCUAAUGUUCCGGAAAAAGGAAGUGGGGAUAAAUGGUCAAACAAGCAUCUCUUCUUGGAUGCCAUUCACCCUGCGGAAGCCAUAUUUUCAGAAGACAAAAACACCACAGAGCCUGCUCAUAAGGUUAAAAAUGCCCCAUCCAUUCCCAACACUCCAGAGCCAACAGCAACGCAAGAACCCUUGGUGGGCAGCCAAAAGAGAAAGGCAAGGAAAACCAAGAUCACACACCUUGUCAGGACAGCCGAUGGCCGGGUGUCACCAGCAGGAGGUACUUUGGAUGACAAACCAAAGGAGCAAAUGCAGAGGAGUCUGCCUAAGGUUGCCGAGGUGGGCUGCCACGACGAGUGCUCCCACAACCCCGAGGCCGCCGAGACCCGGAGCAGCACCCCCGAGAUGCCGGCCGUCUCUGCCUUCUUCAGCCUCGCCGCGCUGGCUGAGGUGGCCGCCAUGGAGAAUGUGCACAGAGGUCAGAGGUCGACUCCGCUCACCCAUGAUGGACAGCCAAAAGAAAUGCCACAGGCUCCUGUCCUUAUUUCCUGCGCUGACCAGUGAAGCACCCUUUCCUUGUAAAACAUUGUGCUUUACCUACUCCCUAGCCUUGUCUUUCCCGAGGGAUGCUAGUGAGUCCAUGUGGUGGAAAAUAUAGACUGCACACAAGUGCUUGUCCCCUCCACGGCCCAGGUUCACUUGAAGCAGAAGUUAGCAUCCUGGGCCGGUCUGUUCUUUCGGAACCCAGAGUCUUUGAGGGUGAUGUUAUCUGUCUGAUAAUGAGCAGAAACGGGAUGAUCCUGGAGCUUUGCUUUCUAUUGAAGGCUUUUGACGGUCUUAGGUGGUAACUUGGUAAAAGGCUGCCUUUAGUGUAGCUCAUUCAGCAUCUCUUUUACCAACCAGAGAGUGUGAAACUAGUUUCGUAUAUUACCUAGUUAUUCUUUCAAAACAAAAACAGAAAACAAAAAAACAAAAACUGACGCACUGCACUAGUUAUUAUUAGACAUUCUUAGUCUUUUUUGUACAUGCAGAUUUAAGUUCUAAGAUGGUUUAUAUAAUAGGUUAUACCUACAUUUAUAUUGUAGAAUAAUAUUAAAAAGCCUGGUCCAGAGACUCCAGCAGCGCGGGCAGGCAGAUGUACCAUUGUUAGCGGUGUAUGCUCGGCCUCGUGGUCCAUAUAUUCUGCACUUUUCUAUUUGCCACCAGAGUGGUAGUUUGCUGGCAAAAAAAAAAAAAAGAGAGGACAAAAAAUUUACAAUUCUUACAAGCUGAAUUUUUUUCUUAGCCUUGAGUGACCAAGAAGAAUUUGCUUGGGGCAAAUUGUGGCAAAUAUUUUCCCAGACCGGGGAAGAAGCGUCCUGCAGAUUACAGAUGCCUGAUGUUUUCAUGCCUCGAGGAUUCUUUUCUUUUUACACAGGGGUCGAAGUGACCAAUGGAUCGUUCAUACAAACAAAAAAAGAAAAAUAUUAUUCAGAAGUGACCUUAGUAUUGCUUCACUAUUCUGAACACAUUGAAGACACUCACUUCAUGUGGACUGUGAGCUACAGACCUUUACAUCCAUCCCAGACAGACUGGACGGGGAGCAAUUGCUAUGCACAGCCUGAUGGGCGCUGCGGGUUUUUAGAGCCAUUUGAGUUUGUGUGGUUAGGGAGGGACUGAGUGAGCAAUGAGGGAGGUGUGCCUGACCAGAGUGGGGCUCCCAGUCAGAGAUCCACCUGCAAGUUUCUGUUUCCUUUGUGUGUUUUGUUGCUUUUGAGCAUAAAACCAACCAUACACAGGCCAGUGCCAAGUGGAUUAACUGGCUCAGAACAUUCAACAUAUUGACUUAACCACCUGA